AUGGCCGAUAAAAUUUUUCGUAUCUAUCUAUCUAUCUAUCUUAGCCCUGUUCAUUAUCUAGCUAUCUCGUUCAGCCUGUUCCUUAUCUCUCUCUCUGUCUCGACCUGUUCAUUAUCUAUCUAUCUAUCUAUCUAUCUAUCUAUCUAUCUAUCUAUCUAUCUAUCUCACCUGUUCCUUAUCUCUCUCUCUCUGUCUCGACCUGCUCAUUAUCUAUCUAUCUAUCUAUCUAUCUAUCUAUCUAUCUAUCUAUCUAUCUUAAGCCGAUCCUCAUACCAGGCCUUUCCUAUCUAUCUAUCUAUCUAUCUAUCUAUCUAUCUAUCUAUCUAUUUUAGCCCUGUUCAUUAUCUAGCUAUCUCGUUCUGCCUGUUCCUUAUCUCUCUCUCUGUCUCGACUUGUUCAUUAUCUAUCUAUCUAUCUAUCUAUCUAUCUAUCUAUCUAUCUAUCUAUCUUAAGCCGAUCCUUAUACCAGGCCUCAAUGUCUACUUUAAAUCUAUAUAUCUACAUCAGUUCAUAUCUAUCUAUCUAUCUAUCUAUCUAUCUAUCUAUCUAUCUAAGCCCUGUUCAUUAUCUAUCUCGUUCAGCCUGUUCCUUAUCUCUCUCUCUCUGUCUCGACCUGCUCAUUAUCUAUCUAUCUAUCUAUCUAUCUAUCUAUCUAUCUAUCUAUCUAUCUUAAGCCGAUCCUCAUACCAGGCCUGUCAAACAUGCAACUGUCGUCCGCGGCUGGGAGCGGGCAUGCUCUACAUUAAUGCAAGCAAUGUUUACUUUAAAUCUAUAUAUCUACAUCAGUUCCUAUCUAUCUAUCUAUCUAUCUAUCUAUCUAUCUAUCUUAGCCCUGUUCAUUAUCUAGCUAUCUCGUUCAGCCUGUUCCUUAUCUCUCUCUCUCUGUCUCGACUUGUUCAUUAUCUAUCUAUCUAUCUAUCUAUCUAUCUAUCUAUCUAUCUAUCUAUCUAUCUUAAUCUAUCUAUCCUUAUAUCUAUCAGGCCUUUCAUAUCUAUCUAUCUAUCUAUCUAUCUAUCUACCUGUUCCUUAUCUCUCUCUCUCUGUCUCGACUUGUUCAUUAUCUAUCUAUCUAUCUAUCUAUCUAUCUAUCUAUCUAUCUCCGUAACGUCGUCUGUUCAUAUCUAUCUAUCUAUCUAUCUAUCUAUCUAUCUAUCUAUCUAUCUAUCUAUCUAUCUAUCUUAA